GCAUUCUUCAAUCUCGCCUCUCAUCUCAAGUUAUGGCUGUGGAUGACAACGUCAGAGUGGGACCUCUUCAUAUUUUUUCAAACCGCUCGUAAUCUCCGAGGUUAAAGUUCAGAGGUGAAACGCUAUCGAAGUCCUCUUCACACGUGUUUUUCACGUAUUGUUGUCUUAAAUGCAACAAAACAGCGUGUAUCAACAUGGAGAGGAGUACGAAUUGUACCAAGGACUCGGGGAAGGUGGUUAACAAUGUCGGAGAGAAAGCAAGCACCAAGAAGCAGAAACGAGAUACUCGAGUCAAAAAAGACAAACAAAGAGACCACCUUGAACACAUCCCCUACAGGCUGCAGGAGAUAAUGAAGAGCAAGGAGAGGAUGAAAACCGGUGCUAAGAAGGCAAAUAAUGUAAAAGAUGCCGCCGUCCUUAGAAGAAAGCCAGAGGAGUCAGAGAUUGGUGACAUACGCGUCCCGCAUUUCAAGCAAAGAAAGAGAGAAGGUGUAAAACAGUACUUGGAGCGCAUGGAGAUGGAGACAAAGCAUGUCUUCUUCCUGACCAACAACCAAGUGGAAAGGAAACCAGAGCUGGAUGCAGAUCAACAAGAGAACCCUGCAGAUCAGGGCAAGUCUAAAAAAAAGAAAGAGUAUAACAAACUACGACUUCAAAAGCUGCUGCAGAAAAAGUUGAACCGACAAGAGGCUCGGGUGGAAAAAGAGAUGUUCCAAGAUGACAUUCCCUUUGGAGAGGUUUCCAUGGAGCCACCUUCUCUGACCAGCAAACCCAAGAAAGCAGCCAUCAAAUCUCAGAAGGCCAACAGGGAGCUGCUUCUCAACUCACUCCUUGGCCACUCAAUGGCGUCCACCACCAAGCCCUCCAUGGCCAAGCAGAGGAUCAUGGAGGAGGAGAGGGAGCGGGCAGUGCAGGCCUACCGCCAUCUUAAGAAGCAGAAACUGCAACAACAGGAGCAAGCUAGGACUGUAAAGUGCAAGGGCCCCCAGUGAUGGAACUCAAAGUGUACUCAUUUGUAUUCUUCUAAAGUGCAUUAGUGACUGUGGGAAGAGCAGUCCAAUGCGGAUGAAGGUCAGGAGGAUACAGACAUUUGCAUCUCCAGGUUGGGAGCACACCUUCAAAUGUUGUCUUGAAAAGAAGACAUGCAUUUCAUCAUCUACAACGUCCACACAGACAACUGUAGACUUAUUCUCCCCUCUGAUUAUGUUAAUUGAUGUGUUACAAUAUAAUACAUACCAGGUUGCCCAAAUGCUUAAACUGUACCCUUCAGACGCCACUAGAUGGCAGUGUUUCAGAAAUCGUUUGCCUUUUCCCAAUCACCUCUCGAGUCGGGCAAUGUGGACCCCGUUUCCCUUAGGGUGCCGGCCACCACUCAUCGUGGGUUCUUCCAAAACAAAAAGCCUUUAUACUCAUUUAAUUGAAAGAUAAAAUUACAACCACAGCUUUUGUCUUUUACUAUAUUUACUGUAGUAACCACCUGUAACCAGUAACACCUGAACCAUUUUGUAUUUCACUAUGUCUAUGCAUUGCAUGCAUUGUCUAUGACUGUGCAUUCUUGACUUGUGUACAUACUUGUGUAUCUUGCUUGCUGCUGUAACAGAUGAAUUUCCCUGCUGUGGGAUUAAUAAAGUACUACUACAUAUUUACUGUAAGUUGACAGACAAAUGUGAGGAAAAUAGAUGUUUAGAAUGCUACAAAUGUGAGGAAAAUAGACGUUUAGAAUGCUACAGUGGAACCUCCACAGUUUUCUAAUCUGUAACUCAUUUUUUCCCAUAGUAAAUAAGUGAAUUCAUUUGUUCCAGGCUCAAACCACCACCACCACAAACGUGUAUUAACUGAUUUAUAAAACUAAUGUAAACCUACUCAUCUUUUGAAGCUGUUUGUUGCCAAGCCUCUGUUGGUAGCAUCAGCUUUGUGGAUACAGUUGAUAUUUACAUAAUAAUAUGCAGUACUGACCAGCCAGACACUUUCCUAGUUCCUAUUUCAUUGCUAUUCCUGGUUCUAUGGUUAACAUCACACAGUUCCUCUCGACAUCACUGGUACCCUUCUGUGGUGCCGUAACAAAUAAGACAAAGAGAAAUGAAGCACAGUUAACCAUUUCGAUAAGUGGUUCUUAACUUUUUUUUUUUUUGGUAAUGAGCCCUUUUGAGAAUGCAAUGAAAGCUGUGGCCCUUUUUCCUCAGAAAUAUUCACAUAAACUUUACAUCCAAUGUGGCUAUGUACCUUAUCAAGAUCUUAUUGUCUCAUGUUUAAAAAAAACACUGUUGUAUGCAUUAUACUUCUUUUAUUGGUAUCUAAUAACAUCAUUAAAUGGUAUAGUUCAAUUAGCCUGCUCACA